AUGUCUGCCCCAGGCACCAAUACGCCUUCCCCAACCGUGCAGCCCACGGGCCACGGCGUAGGAUCAUCGCCGCAGGGAGGCGUCCCUGCCGUUGCUGCCCGACAUUACGUGGAUUCACCUGUGUCGUCCAACAACGGCCCUCAAACCGCGCCACCCUCGACGUUCUUACUUCCUCCCCAGCACACCGCGAUGUCCAGUCCAGCUUCUCCUCGAAAGCCCGAUCCGGAGAUUAUCGCUGUCCAAUCGGCCCUGACUACGACCCCACCCCAUAGUUUUGCAGCGUCUGUGAUUGACAGUUCGCCGUGCUCGCCCAGGUCGUUUCGUUGGUACGCAGGACGUACUUUGGAUGCGCCGACUUCGGGGUCGGCUUCAUUCGAAGUGGCUCAACGCAGCAACGUUUAUUCAUAUGCGCCGAUUUCCGACAGGGCACGCUACCAUGUACCGUGGCAGUCAGGGUUGCCGACGCUUGACGAGGAGUUUCGGACGGUGUUCAGAUACGAAGACCUGUCCAACAAGGAAAGAAGAGAUUUUCUUAGUCUGUCGGGAGUGGCCUAUCCUGAGCAGCAUACGCAACGAACACAAGCACAGGGUUCGUAUUUGGAGCACUACCCGGUUCCGCCGCCACUUGACGGACACCACUUCGGUGGAGACCCUCUUCUAAGGAGUAGAUUGGCCCCAACCGAUGCACGGUCUUACAUGAGGGAGCAGGGCCACCCGGGUCAUCCACAAAAGUUCUAUCACAAUGACCUCAUGCUGGACAACAUUAUGUCACCAGGAAAGAUUGGAGAAAUCUGCGCAGGCACAGUUCCAACGUAUGUGGACGUUCCGAAUUUCGGACGCAUGCAAGGCCUAUUCGCAAAGCAAGCAGAUGGCACAGUGUACCCGUUGAUCACGUUACCAAAAAUGACACCACAUGAUAUUUUCAAGACGAUUGACAAGAUGCAGGCCCAGAAAAGAAAGUCGCGUCGCCAGCAUCCCUUCUGGACUUUCGUCUGCUGCCAGCGCGUGGAGGCCGAAGAAGAUUAG